AGCUCCCUCCCUCGGCUCCACACCCGAGCCCGGCUGGCGGAGCUCCCCGGGGAGAGGGCAGGAGGCACCACGCCGGCGCGGAGGGGGUGUGGGGGGCGGUGGGAGCGGGGAAGGCUGCAGUCUGUACCCCCCCGCGCCCAGCCCAGCCCCCCGCCACCCCCCUCCACCCGAAUGGUUUGCUCCGAGCGUCCUAUUUAAUCCCCGCGACUGCAGCAGCGCCAGCUCCCUCUCGGUCCAGCCUCGGCCCCGGGGUUGCCGCGGCUCCUGGGCGCCCUCCGGUCGGCGUCGCUGUCCACCCUCCCCGUGCCAGCCCCCGGGGACCCGGCCGCCCGCGCCCAGCAGGGAGCCCGCCGCCAGCGCGAUGGGGGCCCCCUCGGCCCUGGCCCUGCUCCUGCUCUGCGCUUGCUGCGGGGCGCCGGGCUGGGCCAACCUCUCCCAGGACGGCUACUGGCAGGAGCAGGAUUUGGAGCUGGGAACUCUGGCUCCACUCGACGAGGCCAUCAGCUCCACACUCUGGAGCACUCCUGACAUGCUGGUCAGUCAAGACAGUCAGCCCUGGACAUCUGAUGAGACGGUGGUGGCUGGUGGCAUCGUGGAGCUCAAGUGUGAAGUGAAAGACCAUGAGGACUCCUCCCUGCAGUGGUCUAACCCUGCUCAGCAGACUCUUUACUUUGGGGAGAAGAGAGCCCUGCGAGAUAAUCGGAUUCAGCUGGUGAGGUCCACGCCCCACGAGCUCAGCAUCAGCAUCAGCAACGUGGUCCUGGCGGACGAGGGCGAGUACACCUGCUCCAUCUUCACUAUGCCCGUGAGAACUGCCAAGGCCCUCAUCACUGUGCUGGGAAUCCCACAGAAGCCCAUAAUCACUGGUUACAAGUCACCGUUACGGGAAAAGGAUACGACCACCCUACACUGUCAGUCUUCCGGGAGCAAACCCGCAGCUCAGCUCACCUGGCGGAAGGGUGAGCAAGAGCUUCAAGGAGAACCAACCCGAAUACAGGAGGACUCCAAUGGUAAAACCUUCACCGUGAGCAGCUCAGUAACGUUCCAGGUUUCUCGGGAGGAUGACGGGGCCGACAUCAUAUGCUCUGUGAAGCAUCAAUCUCUAGACAAAGCUGACAGAUCCACCUCUCAACGCAUUGAAGUUUUAUACACACCAACGGCGAAGAUCAGGCCGGACCCUCCACAUCCCCGCGAGGGCCAGAAGCUGUUGCUGCACUGCGAGGGGCGUGGCAAUCCCGUCCCCCAGCAGUACCUGUGGGAGAAGGAGGGCAGCGAGCCGCCCCUGAAGAUAACCCAGGAGAGCGCCCUGAUCUUCCCUUUCCUCAACAAGAGCGACAGCGGCACGUACGGCUGCACGGCCAUCAGCAACCUGGGCAGCUACAAGGCCUACUACACCCUCAACGUGAACGACCCCAGUCCGGUGCCCUCGUCCACCAGCACCUACCACGCCAUCAUUGGCGGGAUCGUGGCGUUCAUUGUCUUUCUGCUGCUCAUCCUGUUCAUCUUCCUCGGCCACUACUUGAUUCGGCACAAAGGAACCUACCUGACACAUGAAGCUAAAGGCUCUGACGACGCGCCAGACGCGGACACAGCCAUCAUCAACGCAGAAGGCGGGCAGUCGGGCGGGGAUGACAAGAAGGAGUAUUUCAUCUAGGCUGCCCGCUCACCCUGC